AUGCAGUUCACCAUCGCCACCGUCCUCUCCCUCCUCACCGUCGCUCUCGCCGCUCCUGCGGUCAUCGAGCGUCAGGUCCCCUACAUUCCCUGCUCCGGCCUCUACUCCAACGCCCAGUGCUGCGCUACUGACGUUCUCGGUGUCGCUGACCUUGACUGCGCCAACCCCACGGAAACCGUCACCAGCGCCGCCAACUUCCAGUCCACCUGCGCUGCUAUCGGCCAGCGUGCUCGCUGCUGCGUCUUGCCUGUUGUGAGUACCUACCCUGAAUCUUGCUCGAGACAGAGCUUUGAAGGUAUUACAUGGUGCUGA